AGGUACAAAUGUUUCUAUUACAUCAUAACAACAGAUGUAUAAACGCCCAGGGACUACAUACAACUAUUUUCAUAAUUAAAUUCGAUCUUACUUGGAACUUAUAAUUCGUUUCAUUGCGGAAAAGUUAACAUUUCCAUCUAUUUUGCUCUAAAACACUGUUGGUUAAUUUUGCAAAAAUGAGACUUUUCAUCGUGCUAUUAAUUGUGGUUGUCCUGUUCCAAUCUUCGUUUGGAAAACCUAAAACAAAUGAGAAAAAAGAAAAGAAAGCCCCAAGAUUAGACUUUAAUUCUCUGUUUCGGUACCUUAUGAAGUAUUUUCCAUCUACCCCUGAUUUCAAGCAACUCUUUGCUAAGCCGCAGAAACCAGAUGCACCGCCACCUUCUGAUAAAAAGACCACUGGAUCCGCCGUCAAAAUUAAGAAAGUUUCCGCCAACAGUGAUGUUUCCACAUGCAGAGAAGAAUUUCGAGAGAUUCCAGGACAUACAAUGUGUAAGCCGGACAAGGGAAAAGCCAUACGAUGGGGUGUUUCUGAAACGGAAAAAAUGGAAAUUGUCAAACAACAUAACAUGUUGAGGGGAAGCAUCGAACCCCCAGCUACUGAUCUCCCGGUCAUGCAAUGGGACGAUCGAUUGGCUGAAGUUGCCGAGAAGUGGGCGAAACAGUGUACUAACCAGCACGACAAAGUCCGAACUAUUCCUUCAUUAGGGAGUACAACCGUUGGUCAGAAUGUAGCUGGUGGACAACCAAACUGGACGGUGGCUAUUCAGAUGUGGUGGGAUGAAAUUGAGAUGUGGAAGUAUGGACCGGAACCCGACUCCUAUCUUGGUUUCAAUGGGUGGCUUAAAGUCGGUCAUUUUACACAAAUGGCCCAAAAUGGGACUUACCUGAUCGGUUGUGGGUACGCAUACACCGACGAUGACCCUUUCCGUUACAAGAGAUACUAUGUCUGCAAUUACGCUGCAGGGCAAUCAGAUUUAGGAAAACCAUACACACAGGGAAAAAGGUGUAGCAAAUGCCCCAGUUUCUGCAAAAAUGGACUUUGUGAUUGCGGUGGCAGAAAGUGUGAUAAUGGUGGAAAACUAAAUGUAGAAACCUGUGAAUGUGAAUGUAAUAAAUUAUACACCGGACCUUCAUGCGAGGAACUUUCCUGCCCUGAUGAGGAUUUGUGGGUCUGUGGAAAAACAUGGACGUCUGAUCUUUGUGACCACUACGCCAAUGUCCCGUAUGACUGCCCCUACAUGUGUGGCAAGUGCAAGUCUACAGGAAAGAAAGCGAAAAAAGCAAGCAAACACGGAAAAGCUAAAAAAGGAGACAAGAACGCAUUCACUUCAACUUAUGGCUGUAAAUAUUCCGGAGAGAGGGCUACUCGAGAGGAGUGUAAAAAGAAGUACGGUAAAAAUGGGAAUGACAUCCCACAGUGUGGAAGCAUGGGCGGAUCCUUGUCUUGUAAAGAGUGCGAUAGAUUCUCUAACGUUAGGUCAGAAAUGUGCCCGGUUAUGUGUGGACUGUGUGAUCCUCCAUGUGAUGGAAAAACAUGUAGUAACGGAGGUACACUGAACACAGACACGUGUGAAUGUGCCUGUGCCUCACCGUACAUACCCCCUACAUGUGAUGAAGCUGACUGCAGUAAACCAGACGGGAAAAGCUGUCUUGCAUGGCCUAAGAGCUACUGUAAAAAAUAUGCCAAUGUCCCUGAACAGUGCCCACAACGCUGUGGAAUUUGCCCUUAGAGAUAAAUGAUGAAGCAUGAUGCAGAAAAGACGAGGAUUCCAAACCAUUUUAUUUUCACUCCUUUGUUUUGUAUUUAUUUUGCACUUGAUUAUUAAAGAGAAUCAUUUGAUUUUCACAUUUUGCAAAUGUUACUCAUUUCCCUGUACACAACUGCCUUUACAUUCUUAUCUUUCUGAAAAGAAUUUUAAAUAUUUUUACUGAAAUUUCCGGUAAAAUUUGAUCACAUGAGAUAUGGCUUGAAAAGAAAUACACAUACAAAAUCAUGCACUGAACUUCCAUUGGUUCGUAAGUUUUCCUAUUUUAAUCUGAUGUUAUAGAACUUUCAAGGCUCAAGCACACUCACACAGCUAGUUUAACAAAAUUUUGACUUCUUUAUCUAAUGAUUAUAAAGUGCAUACUCUAUGAAAGCUGACGCUUUUACUUUUACAAAACCCAUGGAUGAGGUAGUGCAAGGUGAUAAAUAUUUACGAAAAAUUUUUUUAACAUGAACUUUCACACACUUCUUGUACACAGUUUAAAGACGUCUUAUAUCCGUUAUGGUCAUUGUUUAUAUGUAUCAUUGUAUAUUAUUAUGUCAUUUCUAAAACUGCAAUUAGUGGACUUAACAUAGUAGCACAGUAUAAUACCAUUUCUUUUGUAGACACUUUUAAUUUGGUAAAAAGGUUUUGUUCAUUCUGUAAAAGGGAAUGUAUUCAAUUUCUUUUAAAAGUGGCAUACAAUUGUAUUUACUCAAGAAACAAUUUGCAGAGUACAAAGUCCAUUUAAAAGAAAUAUUCUUUUUUACAUUUAUCUCUUAAAUUAAAAAAAAGUUGAUCAGGUAUAUUUAUAAAUAGAGAAAUGAUUGUUUAUGGAGAUACAAUUCACAAUGACACUGCUUCAAUAGAUUGAAUGUAAACAUAACAAGCUUAAGAAACUAUAUUUAUUAUAUUAGUUGUAAAGGUAUGAACAAAGCAUUUUAAUAAACUUAUCCAAAGCUU